AAUCAAAAUUAUAACAUUAAACUAAUCAAACUUGAGAUUCAAAAAAGCCAGUGGAAGGAAGAAGCAUCCAAGCUUCUUCUUUUUUUUACCUCUGAGUGUCGCUCAGGUGCUGUUCUUCUCUCCAUAGCCAAUGCCGAGCUCCUUCUGAUCAAUCUUAACUCAUUACCGCCUUGAGAUCUUCACCUCCUCUGGAAGUGGAACCUGCCUCUCACUCUCGCCCCCCCUCUCCCCACUUUUAAAACCCCGGCUGGACCCCCCUUAAUUUGCUUCCAUUCAUCACAUAUCGAUCCUUCAACUCAUCUCUACUUUCUCUCUCCAGAAAUAAUCGGUGUGGUCAGGCAGCUACAGCUGAACUGUCUCUGCAAGUUUGAAAGCUUUUGAAAAUGGUGGGGUUGAAUUCUCACGAUUCCAACGCGAAGAAGCCAUUGCGGAAGCCGCUGAUGCUGAAGGACUAUCUGUUGGAUGAUCUGAGCUCCUGUUCCUCCAACGGCUUCCGGUCGUAUCCCCGGCGCCAAUGCUGCACCACCGUGCGAUUCCUCGUCGACAUGGAUCUCAACACGACAGACUCUUCGGGUCACGGGAAACGAUUUCUCAAGAGCAAAUCAAAGAGCGCUUCGACGACGACGAUGUCGGCGUUCCAGCGGGCCUCCGAGGCGGCGAUCAACGCCGUCAAAUUCCUCCCCUUCGCCUCCACCAAGUCGCCGUCGUCUGCUUCCAAACAGAAGAAAACGAAGAGCUCAAUUUUGCCGAGGAGUCUCUCGCGGAAGCUCCUGAGACGAAGCUUCUGGAAGAAAACUGACAAGGAUAUGCAGCAGCAGCGCAGCUGGAAAUCAUUCAUGUAUUUUCUAGAACAGAAAUAUCCGUCGGAUUCCUCUCCCUCCGCCGCCCUCACUUCCGCCACUACCUCAACCGUAACCACCGCCAGCUACUCCAACAGCUCAGUCAGCGAAACCAACAGUAACGGCCACAGCUGGUCGGAGAGCGAUUUUACGUCGGAUUCUUUACAGAGCUCGAGCGGCAAUUCGGAAAGUUCCGGUGAAAAUGACGUCGUCGCCGGUGAGAAGCCGGCCAGGGCCGGCAAGAGAGUCGGCGUAACUGUCGGUGAUGAUUCCACGGAGGCGAACUCUAAGAACAAAUGGCGGAAUGAAGAAGAGAAAGAGCAAUUCAGUCCGGUAUCUGUGCUUGAUUUUCCGUUCGAUGACGACGAUGAGGAGGUCUCCUCAUCAUCAUCUCCAUUUCAACACAGGCGCCUGGCUAAUUCCAUGGAAGGAACAAGACAGAAGAAGCUUAUUCGGAAGACUGCGAGGCGGUUCGAGAGGGUUGCUCAGCUGGAAGCUCAAGCAGUGGACCUCGAGAAGCAGUUCUCGGACGAAUCAUCAUCGCUUGAAUUAGAAGAAGAAGAAGAAGCACAGCAAAGAGCUGUGGCCUUGCUGGAGCUGUUGAAAUCCACUCACCUUCCAAUUCCAUCGGUGGUGUUUAAAUUCGAUGCGGAGAAUCUACUGCUGGAUUUCUUCGCGGAGAGAAUGGGAGCGGAAGCAGAGGCGGAAUUGGAGAAGGAGCAGGAGGUCCUAAAUGUGGCGAGAGACUGGAUGAGGGGGCAAGCGCAUGAUGACGGGAUCAUGUUGUUGGAGUGGGAAGUGGAGGAGAACAGGGAAGCGUAUGUGAGAGAGAUGGAGAGGGGAGGAAGGUGGAAGAAGUUGGAGAAUGAGGAGAAAGAAGAGGUGGCCAUGGAGCUGGAGAUGGAGCUAUUUGCUUCGUUGCUGAACGAGCUGUUGGAUGAUGAUCCCAUGGAAUCCAAGAUCCAGUAGCUAGCUAGGUGCAAAAUGUGAAUAUAUAUAAUUUGAUUUGAUGCAGCAAAACCAAAAUUCCAAAAGCCUGCAGGCAUCAUCAUCAUCAUCAUCCACUGGUCCGGGGAGAAGAGAACAACUUGUUUUCCAUUCCUCUUUUGGGGGUUCGAAUAUGUUCAAAUUUUGGUACUUAGUCGAUAGUGGGGACUAGUACUAGUACUAGCAGUAGUUAUGGUUUUCCAAAUUUCUUUUGUUUUUAGACUUGCGCUUUGUUUUAAUCUUCAAUAUCUUGCUUUUAGCUUAUAAUAUGCGAGCUAGUUCACUUUUUUAUCUC